GCAUCUCCUGAGUGCCGGGGUGGUCCAGGGCCUCCCGCCCGGGAUGGGGGACGGAUCCAGUUGGGAGUCCAGAGAGCCCUGGCCCCCGUCUCCCUGGGACACGCUGUCGGGAUGAGGGCCACCGGGCAUUCUGAGAGGGUCUGUGACCCGAGCCCAUGUCCCAAGUGCUGGCCUCCGAUGCUUGGUGCUCAGGAAGGCCGGGAUGUUACCCUGGCUGAGGCACAGCAGGUACUGUGUGGGGACGGGCUCCGGAUCCGCCUCGACCAGACUCCCGGCUCUGCACGUCAUGGUCGUGUUGGCCGUCCUGGAAUGCCUCAGUGUCCUCAUCUGUAAAUCGGGUCAAUAAGAAUGAUCGACUUUCAUAACACGGGGCCAAGUGAAAUGGGGACACCCGGGAAACCACAUCACAGCCUGCUCAGCACCCACGGGCCUCUGUUCGUACGAGCUCACGGUACUCUGUGCCUCAGGGGUCCCAACAGGCCCCGAGAGCCCUGCAUUUGGCACAUUUUUCAGGACGCAGCCCCUGGACUGCCAGGUUCCCUACCCGGGAGGAGGAGGAAGAGGAGAAAUCCGUCUGCUGGGGCCUGAGCGUGGCCUGGGGGACCGACCGUCGUCCCAGGAUGCCCCUGCCCGAGCCCAGCGAGCAGGAGAGUGAGAGUGUGAAGGCUGGCCAGGAGCCGUCCCCCGAGUCCUCUGAGCCAGGGACCGAUGUCGUCCCCGCGGCCCCCAGGAAGCCCAGGAAGUUCUCCAAACUGGUCCUGCUGACAGCCUCUAAGGACAGUGCCAAGGUGGCAGGGGCCAAGCGCAAAGGAGUCCACUGCAUCAUGUCCCUGGGGGUGCCAGGCCCCGCCACCCUCGCUAAAGCCCUCCUCAAGAUCCAUCCUGAGGCUCAGAGGGCCAUUGAGGCGCCCCCCCAGGAGCCUGAGCAGAAACGCAGCAAGCUGGACACAGAUGGAAAAGAAGCCGGAAGGUUGGCAGGGCAACCUGCCCCCAGCACGGAGGUGGUCGGGGAGGAGUCCACCGCAGACGCCAUCGUGCCCGGCACGGUCCUGUAACCCUGACAAGCGCGGGUGCGCCCUUACUGGGUCAGUGAACUUGGCUGUGACCUCUGCCUGGGACCCAGUUGCCAACUGAUUUUCAUUCUCAAACACCAUGUAAUUUUUUUCAAAUCAAGCAUACAUUACUUUUGUAAGCAGAAAGAAACCCAAAAAGAAUAAAAGAAGCUAUAAGCCAGGUCCCAUUAUGGACAGGUUUUAAAACCUUCCAUGAUUUCGGGUCCUUUGAGACCCAACUGGGACCCCACCAGCCCUCAUCUGGUCCUUCCCCAGGGGCUGCCUGGCCUGGGCGGUCUCCCAGACCCCCUGACCCCUCAGCCUGGGGAACCACCAAUGACUAGGUGGGGUCUUUGAGCAUUCUCCUUCCUGCUGCUCUUGGCCUGAAAGGGAGCAGUGGGACCCCCUGCUCUGAGCCCCAGGGAAGCCCAUCCAGCCCUUUCCCGACCGUCCCUCCAGGACUUGUUCCCAGAAGGCCUCAGCCUGCUCCUUCUGGACCAUCAGGAGGCUAGCCUCUUCCAGGUGGCCACACGGACUGACAGCUUUCCUCCACCCCGCAUGGGGGACCUGUGUUCAUGGCUACCCAGGGUUCUGCUGAGGAAGGGGUGGGCCUGCGGGAUGGGGGGGGACCCCGACAGAAGUGUAAGAUGGCCCCAUUGUGUUCCUUCUGGGUGUUUCGGAGCUCAGAUUCCCGGGGACCUCAGCCCCUCCCCCGGCACCUUGGGUGCCACACCCCCCGGAGGAGGAAGUGAAGGAACGCACGGGUACCCCCCUGCAAGCGGAAGUCAGGGUUCCCCGGAGGCCCCCCCGACAGGAAAGGCUUCAGCCUUGCGUUGCUUCCCCACACGUGGUCCUCAUUUUUUUGAAAACUGCCAUUGGGCAAAGGACACAGAUCAUUUCUAAGAGUUGAGUCUAGAGGCCUUAUGUUUUUAAACCUCAUUUUCCCAAACGUAACCUGGAUCUGCAGACCCCUCCGAGGAAAAGUGAGUUACUCCGCGAGUCCCCUCGCGCAGCUCCAUUUCGCUCCCUCCUUUUACAGCCGGUUGUUUGUAACAUUCAUGUUCUGGAAGCGUCGUUUUUAAAGUUCCUUUGUCUUGGCUCUGUGUCUAAAUAGAUCGCCGUUCCUCAC